GCCCAGGCUGCAGCCAUGCCUCUUCUGGAAGAGACCGCUCUGCCGACAGAGCACCCACCUACUGUCCCCGUGGUCAUCAUAGGGAAUGGGCCUUCAGGUAUUUGCCUGUCCUACCUGCUGAGUGGAUACAAACCCUACUUAGACACGGCUACUGUCCACCCAAACCCGAUACUGUACAGAAAACUGCAGGAGACCAAGCACCUCCCGAUCACAGAACAGGAUCUGGAAUAUUUGAGCGAAGGUCUCGAGGGGAGGUCAAGGAAUCCGGUGGCUGUGCUUUUCGAUACACUGCUUCACCCCAAUGCUGACUUCGGCUACGAGUUCCCUCCUGUCCUGCAGUGGAGGAGGGACAAGCAGCAGCACAUCCCACAUCUGGUUCUGGGGAGGGCGACACCCGGUGGUGCCUGGCAUGCGAUGGAAGGCUCCAUGCUGACUAUUAGUCUUGGCAUCUGGAUGGAGCUUCCUGGAGUCAACUACAGAGACCUGACCAAUGGGAAACGCAGGGAUGUCACCAGCGACAGAGCCACCCCAGAGGAGAUCUCCUCCUAUUACCGUAACUAUGUGAAGCUAAAGGGUCUCCAGAAGAAUUUCAUUGACAACACCUACGUGACCUCUGUUCAGAAACUCUGCCGGGGGCACGAGGGGGAAGGUCUGGAAAAUGGGCAUGCUGAUCAAGGAGACGGAGGGGUGGGAGAUGGUGGGAAUGAGGGCUUUGAGGGUAACGGAGUAGAGAAUGUAAACAGUGGAGGAGGUGGGGCUCUCUGGGAGGUGAGGGGAUACCAGCAGGUGCAGAACGACACCCAUGUUCCCUUUUCUUUGUUUGCGGAGAACGUAAUUCUGGCCACCGGUGCGUCCGAUUCGCCUGUCCGGUUAGGUAUAGAGGGGGAGGAUCUGCCUUUCGUGUUCCACAGCAUCUCAGAUCUGGGCUUGGCCGUGAGCCGCAGAAAACUGGAUGUGAACUCUGAUCCGGUUCUAAUUGUAGGCGCCGGUUUAAGUGCCGCCGAUGCAGUUCUGUGCGCUUGCAGUAGCAACGUUCGAGUGCUGCACGUGUUUCGUAAGAGUGUAGACGACCCAGACCUCAUCUUCAAGCAGCUGCCCAAGACCCUGUACCCAGAGUACCACAAAGUCUACAACAUGAUGUGCUCUCAGGCCUACACAAGUGUGGCUCCUUCUUCUGCCCCCAACAGACCCCAGGCAGUCAGCAUCGCCUCCUCAGUAUGUGCCAAGAUGUGCCCAAAGCCUCAGCUUGCAGCAGGUAACGUGGCCGGUAACACCAGUGUCGGCCUGUUUCCCGACUACACCAGUUUCCCCGAACACUGCGUGGUGUCCUUCCAGUCUGACAAGAAGUGUUUGCUGCAGGGGAACAACUCCCUUAAGGCCUUCAAGAUCUCCAUGGCACUGGUGUUGAUUGGGACCAACCCAAAUCUGUUCUUCAUAAAGGGGCAGGGCCAGUACCUGGGUCAGGAUCCAACAAGACCCAUCUCCUGCAAGCAAAACCCCAUUGACAUCCACCCCUACACCUAUGAGUGCACCAACGAGCCAGGUCUGUUCGCCAUGGGCCCACUGGUGGGAGACAACUUUGUUCGCUUUUUGAAGGGCGGCGCUUUAGGCAUUGCCUCCUGUCUGCUGAAGAGACUCAAGAAUAAAGGGAAGCUCAUCAGCAAUGGGGGAAGUAACUUCAUCUGAAAGCAGGAUGGUGGUCAUGUUGUUGGUCUUACGGCACAGAUUGCAAACCGUUGAUGUAGAAGGCAAAGUUCUAAUAUGUUUUCAUCAUUAACGCAGUGUUUUCUCAUCAAAGCAAAGGCAUUUUUACAACUUUCUGAGACCAAAAAGACAAUGGAUGUACACUAAUUAGUUUCUAAAGAAACAAAAGACAGCUUUCCAGAGUGUUGUCUGGCUUC